AGCUGCGCGCUCCUCCCCAGCUCGGGUUUGUGCGGAAAAAAGGACAGUCAACUGUGUUAAUGACAUGAGUUCAAAUGGGGAAGCCUCGCGUUCGCUGGCUGCGGCUUCCUCUUUUAAAACUGUCCAGCAACUUCAGGAGGUGCCCUUUUUCCAAGAAAAGUUUGCUGAUCGCGAGUGGAUGCGUGGUUUAUUUGUUUCUCGUGGUUUCACACGUCGGGAACUCGCAGCCGCGACACCGGGACAGGAGGAUCGGUGAGGACGGGAACCGGCGCGCCCGCGGACCGGAUCAUCGUGUGGACGCGCAGCCGGAGUCCGCGGGUCCGAGCGACGCGGCCCCGACCAGAUCCAACGUGGUCUACAUAACGCUCAGAUCUAAGCGCAUGAAACCCGCUCACAUACGAGGUACAGUUCGACCAAAACUGAGGAGGAAAGCGAAGAGAACUAAGGCGACCAAUGCACCAAUUACGCAGAACAAACUCGACUCCGCGGAGCUGGAAACCGGUGCGUCCUGGAGAGAAAUCAGUGAUGCGCGUUAUAAACCACUGGAUUUAAUCCAGUCAUCACAUGACAGGGAAGCGGGCACUCAGGCGAGCUCAAUCCGAAUUUACAGCCAAAGGGCACCGCCGUGGUUCAGCGCGCAGGACCUGAAAACCAUGCGCUUUCUCGCAGAUGCCAAAGUUUUACGCGUGAGAGAAAUCUCUCGUGGGGGCGUCCCGCCUCUCCUGAUGUUUGAGGGGGAGACCACCGCCCCUCUGACCAACCACAAACACUCAAAGAGGAGCGCUGCGUGCGGGGGGCAGUGCGGAAUCAUCCGCAGCCCCGUGGAUAACACGGAGGUGUUCGCCUUCCACCUGGACAGGGUGCUGCGGCUCAACAGGACGCCGCCGGCGGUGAGCAGGAAGUUCAGCUUCUUACACGAUGGCCAGUCCUGCCCAGUGGUGUCGUGGGACGCGUCGCUACACUCCGAAGCCAAUCCUACACACCUGGACACGGUGAGGUUAACGUGGGGAGAGUACCAGAACUCUCUAAAACAGAGGUGCUGGCAGAAAAACAUCAGCCCCAAGCCCGACUCCGGCUGCUCCACAAUCCAUCACCAUGAGUGGAGCAAACUAGCGCUGUUUGACUUCUUGCUACAGAUCCACAGCCGUUUGGAUCAGAGCUGCUGCGGUUUUAGGCCUCGGCAGGAGGAUGUGUGUGUCGAGCCGGGCUACCGUGUUGCUUGUGGGGACCAGGACAACCUACAACUGGCAAACAUCGUCCACAGGAAGCACGAACCCAGACGCCUGGUGUUCAGCAGCAACAAGGGCUUCUUUGACCGCAAUGAAGACAACUUGGACUUCAAGCUACUAGAGGGAAUCAAGGAGUUUCCGGAGCAGGCCAUGUCCGUGUUGAGGGGCAGGAAGCUGAGGGAGAAGCUUCUUCAGUCUCUGUUUCUGGACGAGACAUUCUGGGAGAGCCAGGGAGGACGACAAGGCAUCGACAAACUGAUUGACGUUAUUGAGAGGCGAUCAAACGUCCUGCUCACCUACAUCAAUGCCCACGGGAUCAAAGUCAUUGCAAUGGAUGCAUGAAUAGGAGAUAAGUAGCCAAGUUAUUGAAGCAUAAAUAAGUAAAUUAACAGUCUGAUAACUGUUUCUUGUCAUGUUUUUAUAAUAGUUACAUGUGAGUAUUUAAAGUCUGUUUUGAGUCAAAUUUGAUGUUAAAAUAUUUGCAUAUUUUGUGUUUUGCACUAUACUUCACCUGUUCAUAAGUGACCAGCUCAGAAAUGAGAGAUUAAGAAGUUUUCCUGAAUGUUAUUUAAAAGUUUUUCACAGAAAACAAAGUUUUGAUGACUCAUUUUGCACUUGGGGACAUAUACUAACCUUAUGUCCAAUAAAAGCUUUUUCGUAGUUUUAGUUUUGAUGCAGAGAGUUAAGGUGGUCUGGGCUUUAUGUUUAAUACAUUUACAGUUUGCACCUGGCUUGGCACUUCAGAGGAACUUUACACUUGUAUCACUUUUAUCACAAGAUUAAAUGUUGUCAACCAUAAAUAUAAAACUGCUCCAGUAAACUGUAAAUCUGAGUUUUCUUUUUUUUUGCUAUGUAUAAUGGAAUGAUAAAAGGUAAACAGUGCCUUCAAACAUUCUGAGUCCUCUGAAACACUAGUCGGUACACACUUUUAAAUAAAAUGCAUCUAGGUAGGAAGUCUAAAGUCACCCUUCUUGGCCUAUAGAAGCUUAAACAUUCAAGAGUUUUGUGAAGUCGUGGGUGGGAGGAAAGACAGGGGUAAUGGAUGAGAGGAGACAUGGUUGGUUGUCAAUAACCAUAGAGUUCAGCCCUGCCUCUCUUGCACGCAGCCAUCCAUCUCUAAGACCUUGGGAAGUCCUUCAAAUUAUUGGUUUAUACAUUUUUCUUCAAGUAAUUCUCAGAUGGGAUCUUGCUUUUCUUUUUCACACAAAUCCAUUGUCCCUGAAACUAAAUUACUAGCAAAUAUGCCACCCGGAUUAGCAACUGUAGAAGUUUGUGAAAAUUUGCACCCAUUUUCACAGUUGGAUCAUCAAAUGUUGUCACCAUUACAACUGUCCCAAAUUCGAUUUAUUUGUUUUGUUUUGUUUGUUUAUUUUGGUCAUCCAAAAAACAAUGUUGCAUCGGUGCAACCAUCAUCAUACAGCACACAUGGGGAAAACAGCAAAACCAGAGAGGAACUACAGAGAUGGCUCAAAAAGAUGUGACCAAAAAAGGUGG